AUGGCUGUUGCAAAAUUGAAUAAAGAGGCGCUCAGGCAAGUGAGCGACCUGAUCCAAUCACCACCGGCUACAGAGAAGUAUAACGCCUUGAAAAGAAGACUUAUAGCCGUGUACGAGGAGAGUGCAGAAUCGCAAUUCCAGAAACUAGUGAGCGAAAUGGAUUUAGGCACGCAGAAACCUUCACAGUUGCUUAGAAUUAGAUACAGAUUAUUUGAAAGAUUUAGAAAAACACAAUUAACGGAAAUAUCAAAUAAACACAAAGCGACACGCGUCCUCACUACUCAAAUCAUGCGACAAGUCCCGCAACCCGUGAAUGUCGCAAGAGACGUCGGGCGACAUCUCGCAGGUCACGUAAAUUGUGUGUCGGGCGACAAGGUCGCGGAACAAAUGUCCCCUAGUGAAAACGUGGCUUUAGAUUUAUUAAAGAACAAAUUGCAACACACAAAUACAAAUAUGCGAGCAAGAAUAUCUGCUAAGGAGAGAUUGGUGGUUACAUUGAGAGUGCAUCGGAUGCAUCCCACAAAUUCCUUCUCAGACGUACUUCAUCGAUCACUCGACUUGUGUCCACAUCGCGAUUCGACAUGUCUGUACACGCUGACGGCGUCCUGUCGGCUUGACAGUAAAACGCUCACUGAAGACGGAGGCGCGCGUGCGAUGGUCAUCGCUGACUGCUACGCGGCGCUGACGCGCGACGCGUACGGCCGCUGA